AUGGACCCAGAAAACUUUACGAGCAGAGUGACAGAGUUCCUACUCCUUGGCUUCACAGCAAACCAUCUCCUGCAGUAUGUCCUCUUUGUUGUGUUCCUGAUGGUCUGCAUUGCCACUUGGCUGGGCAACAUCACCAUAAUCACCACAGUGAUCAGGGACCAAAGGCUUCACUCCCCAAUAUACUUCCUGCUGGGAAAUUUAGCCUUCAUAGACCUCAGUGAGUCUUCAGUAACUGUGCCGAAGAUGCUGUGGGACCUUGUGUCACAGCAAAAGGCUGUGUCCUUUCGUGGGUGCAUGACACAGAUGUUCUUCUUUCACUUCACCGGGGGUGCUGUAGUCUUCCUUCUCAUGGUGAUGGCUUUGGACCGCUAUGUGGCUAUCCAAAGGCCACUUCAUUAUCUCACCAUAAUGAACCACAGUACAUGCGUAGGGUUGGUGGCAGGAGCAUGGCUGGGGGGUUUUGUUCAUUCCAUUGUUCAGGUAGUUUUAAUGAUGAGAUUGCCAUUCUGUGGACCCAACAUCUUGGACAAUUAUUACUGUGAUGUUCCACAGGUUAUCAAACUGGCCUGCACAAACACAUUUGUUAUAGAGAUGUUAAUGUUCUCUAACAGUGGACUUCUCACCACCAUUAUUUUUAUUAUCUUGGUUGCAUCAUACACCACCCUCUUGGUCAAGAUACGAGCACAUGUUAGUGAAGGGAAGACCAAGGCUCUCUCCACUUGUGGGGCCCAGAUCACUGUGGUCUGCAUUCAUUUUGUACCCUGCAUUUUUAUCUAUGCACGGCCUUUCCAGAAAUGUGCAGCAGACAAGGUCCUCUCAGCACUCUAUACUGUCAUCACACCAAUGUUAAAUCCUGUCAUUUACACACUGAGAAAUACUGAGAUGAAGAACGCCAUCAGGAGAUCUUUUAACAAAGUUCUGUUAUGA